AUGCCCUCUUCAAUCACCCUCACCGUCAGCCACCUCCCCACUUCGACCUCCUUCUUCCUGUCAGCCCUUCAACCUCUCAACUACGUCUUCCGAGGCCGACAAGAAAACACCAUCGGCUUUGGGCCCGAAUCCCCACCUAAUACCCCUCCCGACUUCUGGAUUACCCAAGAAAUCCCCGGUGUACCUGCAGGAGCAGCACACGUCGCCUUUCCAGCUUUAUCUCGCUCCCACGUCCAGGCCUUCUUUCUCGCCGCGCUCAAGGCUGGUGGCAAGAUUCACGGCGAACCUGCUCAAAGGGAUGCCUCGGGAUACUACUCUGCUGCUGUGAUCGACUUUGAUGGUAAUUCCAUCGAGGCCGUCUAUCGUCCGGGCCUUGCGGAUGACAAUAAGGAAAAUGAAGAUGUGAGGAGUACAGUCUCUCGCAGAACUGCUGCUCAGAGCGUCGUCAAAGCUCCUUCCGCCGUGGGACGCCCUAAGACGGUCGUGUCUGCCAGAGAACCCACUGUUGUCUCCCAGGCCAGGAGUAAUGCUCCAUCUCAAGCCAGAAGCGUCGUGGCUCCUUCUCACGUUUCAGCUGUCCCUCCAGCACAAAUCCCUCCGGCCACGGAGCCCAAGUCCAAGCCUCAGGGCGACGUGCUGGACACCUUGAUAAACGAAGCGCGCAAUGCCGCAAGUGUUGCUCGGAACCUUGUCAACACCGUCCGGCCGAGUCUAGUGUCUUCGAAUUCCUCGCCACCAGCGGCCAAUACGGGGUCGAACGGUAAUUCUACUGGUUUGGGCGCCGGUGAUGCUAUUGUCGGUACACUGCUCGGCGUCGCUGCCGGCGCUGCUCUACAUUAUGCGUUCAGCAAUCGAUCCAAGGAGAGUGCUGCAGCUGAUGAAGUGAAGCCAGAAGCUCAGCGACCUAGCGUGGUGGGUCGGAGUGUGACCGAGCCAAAUAUGAGAGGGCCUGAGUAUUCCGCUGCCAGUGGUGCCUCAGCGACCUAUUACGAAGGAGAUAGAGUCUAUCGUGCCAUCGAACCAGCGCCGUCAGCCUAUACAUACAACACUAAAAGCCACUACGAAGGCCCAAAAAUGAUCACUAUGUAUGACAAAGACCCAGCGAAAUCCGAGUACGCGUCCACAAUCAAAGCCGCCAACCAAGCGGUGACAAAUGUUUCGAGACGAACAAGUAUCGACUCUGGCUUUGGACCAGGACCACGAGAUCUUGAACUUGUCUCUACUGCCACUUCGAAAGCAAGCCGACAGUCGAAAAAGAGCACGAAGGCGCUCGAAGCGCCUCCGACAAGCUACCGUGCCCCCACAGUUCUUACAACAGCGGAAACGCAGGUCUCGAAGGCAAAGUCAAGGGCUGGCUCGAAGAGUAGAUCAGGCAGUCUGAGCCGUGUGAUGAGUCUCGCACGCGGACGAGACAGCGAUGGUGAGAAGCACUCGCAGGCCGCAUCAGCCACCAGGCCCAGAUCUCACUCUCGGCAUUCAAGACGCAGUAGAAAAGAUGAUUUCGACGAUGAAGAGGCCCAGACCGUCCUCCACGUCACCGAGUCGGUCCAUCGCACGAAAAGCUACCACAAGUCUUCCGAGCACCACAGUCACAGCCAUGCUGGCUCGAAAGCGCCAAGUCGAUCCGGGCCACAGGACUACCCGCUCCCACCCUCCCGCGCCGCAACCUGGGCCGGGUCCGAGAACGGCUCGUUUGUCUCAGCCCGAUCCGGAAUCGGACCGACCAGAAACAGCGCCGCGGCGAGAACGGUCAUCGGUAAAUUGACGCCUCGAAACCUGAAAAACAAUACUGUGUACCAAGAUUUCGCGGAAAAUGGGGGUACCGAGAGUGUGAUCGGGAAGCACAAGGAUGUUGCGAAGUUGCAGGUCACGGAUACAGAGGUUAGGCCCGAGGAUAGCGUGAGUCAGAUCAGUGUGGAUAGUCGGGCGAGUCGGAGGAGUAAGGUUACUGCUGUUAGACGAUAG